UCAUCGCGAUCACAUACUUACGUUUAGGCGGUGUUGGUUGAUCGCCUCUUGCCAGUGAUAACCGCACUCGCUACGGUUGCAUCCGUGUGCAACGCCGAUUGCCGAUUGGGUAGAGCAGCAUUUUUCAUCACAUGAUCGCACCCAAACGGUGUUGUGUCGUGUUGUUUGAGGUGCAAAUUAGUGCGGAUCUGCAAAUAAGCAACAGCAGCGGAGUGGUACUCCGUAGCGACAUUUUCGUUUUGUGGAGAUUCAUGCCUGAACUGGCUGUACGGCGACGACAAUCAUCGCCUUCACGUGAUCCGGAACACGAUCAACCACUUGGUGUGGCGUAAGUAAGCGUUAUCGAUACGUCCGAAAGGUACCCCCCUACGAGCGUGUAAAAGAGGGACGCACGCACGCACAGAGAGCACCAACAAUACAAGAGCCAACCAUCAGUUGGGCCGUUUGCAAUUAGAACAGCGAUGCUGAAGCCACGAUGACGCAUACAAUGGUGGGGAGAGCGCGUCGACUGAUCAAUCGUUGCUCGGAACACGAAAGCAACCCCGCUCUCAGUCGUUCAGUGACACUCGACCGGAAGACAGCAUUCACCCGAUCAGCCCGCGUUCCACGCUCGAUCGGGCACCAUUUCCGUCCUUGAACUUUAAACAUCGUAUCCAACCAACCCUGCCAGGGUUAUCGGGUUGCGAGGCACUUGGAGAGACCCACCAGGUCAGGUAUUGCGAAUAUUGGUGAAACUUUAAUCCCGCAUACCAGCGCACUGCCGCAAGAACCGCCUAACCAUGGCGAUGAUGUUCCGAAGCGAAGAGAUGGCCCUGUGCCAGAUGUUUAUCCAGCCGGAAGCGGCGUACACGUCCGUGUCCGAACUUGGAGAGACGGGUGCGGUCCAGUUUCGCGACUUAAACGCCGACGUGAAUGCAUUCCAGCGGAAGUUUGUCAGCGAGGUGCGCCGUUGCGAUGAGAUGGAGCGCAAACUGCGUUACGUCGAGGGUGAGGUGAAGAAGGACAGCGUGCAGAUUCCCGAGUGUUCGGCGAAUGAUUGGCCGCGGGCACCGAAUCCGCGCGAAAUCAUCGAUCUCGAGGCGCGCCUCGAGAAGACGGAGAACGAAAUACUGGAGCUGUCGCAGAACGCCGUCAAUCUGAAGUCAAACUAUCUCGAACUGACCGAACUGAAGCAUGUGCUGGAGCGUACGCAAUCGUUCUUCUUCGAGCAGGAGGUGAUCGUCAGUACGGACGCAGCCAAAAGCAAUCUGAUUGCAGAAGAUCCGACGGCGGCACAGAGCCGCGGUCGGUUGGGUUUUGUGGCCGGUGUAAUCCAGCGCGAAAAGAUGCCGGGCUUCGAGCGGAUGCUGUGGCGUAUCUCGCGCGGUAACAUCUUUCUGCGCCAGGUCGAACUGGAGGAACCGUUGGAAGAUCCGGCUACGGGUAAUGAAAUUUUCAAAACCGUUUUUGUGGCGUUCUUCCAAGGAGAGCAGCUGAAGGCGCGCAUCAAGAAGGUGUGCACCGGUUACCACGUAUCGCUGUAUCCGUGUCCGAGCUCCGGUUCCGAGCGUACCGAGAUGGUGAAGGGCGUCUGCACGCGCCUCGAGGAUCUUAAGAUGGUGCUCAACCAAACGCAGGAUCACCGUUCGAUCGUCCUGGCUACGGUUGCGAAGGAGCUGUUCAGCUGGCGCAUCAUGGUGAAGAAGAUGAAGGCGAUCUACCAUACGUUGAAUCUGUUCAACAUGGAUGUCACGAAGAAGUGUCUCAUCGGCGAAUGCUGGGUACCGGUGCCGGAUCUUCCCAAGGUCCAGAAAGCCCUCUCUGAUGGGUCCGCUGCCGUAGGCAGUACCAUUCCGUCCUUCCUGAACGUGAUCGAUACGAACGAAGCGCCUCCGACGUAUAACCGCACGAACAAGUUUACGCGCGGUUUCCAAAAUCUGAUCGAUGCGUACGGUAUCGCAUCGUACCGUGAGGCAAAUCCGGCCCUGUACACGAUCAUCACUUUUCCGUUUCUGUUCGGUAUUAUGUUCGGUGAUCUUGGUCACGGUAUGAUAAUGACCCUCUUCGGUUUGUGGAUGGUAACGGGUGAGAAGAAACUGGGUGCCAAGAAGUCGACCAACGAGAUCUGGAAUAUUUUCUUCGGGGGACGUUAUAUUAUACUGCUGAUGGGUCUGUUCUCCAUGUAUACCGGCUUCGUGUACAACGAUAUCUUCUCGAAGUCUAUGAACAUCUUUGGAUCGUCCUGGAGCAUUAACUACAACACCUCGACGGUAAUGAGCAACAAGGAUCUUACGCUGAAUCCCGGUUCGAACGAUCUCGACACCGAAGUCUAUCCGAUCGGAUUGGAUCCCGUAUGGCAGCUGGCCACGAACAAGAUCAUCUUUCUUAACUCGUACAAAAUGAAGCUGUCGAUCAUCUUCGGUGUCGUGCACAUGAUCUUCGGUGUGUGCAUGAGCGUAGUCAACCAUAACUUCUUCCGCAAGCGUAUCAGCAUCGUGCUGGAGUUCCUGCCGCAGAUCAUCUUCCUGGUGCUGCUGUUCGCCUACAUGGUGUUCAUGAUGUUCAUGAAGUGGGUCGCCUAUACCGCCAAAACUGACUACCAGCCACGUACGCCCGGUUGUGCCCCGUCCGUGCUGAUCAUGUUCAUCAACAUGAUGCUGUUUAAGAACUCCGAACCAUUUCACGGAUGCGAUGAGUUUAUGUUUGACGGUCAGAAUGAGGUGCAGCGUACGUUCGUCUUCAUAUCGUUGCUUUGCAUUCCCUGGAUGCUGCUCGGCAAGCCGUUCUAUCUGAUGUUCAAGCGCAAGAACGCAUCACCGACACCAAUUCCAAAUAAUGGAGACGUCCAUCAGGGAGGUGAUUCCAACCAUACGUCCAGCCCGAAACCACAUGAUUCGCACGACGAUGAACCGAUGGCGGAAAUCUUCAUUCAUCAGGCAAUUCACACGAUUGAGUACGUGCUCAGUACGGUUUCACACACCGCGUCCUAUCUUCGCUUGUGGGCUCUUUCGCUUGCCCAUGCCCAAUUGUCUGAGGUACUGUGGAACAUGGUGCUGUCGAUGGGUCUUAAGCAAACUUCCUACAAAGGGGCCAUCAUGUUGUACUUAGUGUUCGGAGCCUGGUCAUUGUUUACGCUCGCUAUUCUCGUCAUGAUGGAAGGAUUGUCCGCCUUCCUGCAUACAUUGCGUUUGCACUGGGUCGAGUUUAUGAGCAAGUUUUACGAGGGUUUGGGUUACGGUUUCCAGCCAUUCUCGUUCAAACUGAUCAUCGAUAGUGACGAAGAUUUGGAGUAAUGUCUUCUUUGCGUCCUUCGUGUGUCUGCAAGAAUAGUCGACCAUAUGACGAAUUCAACUGCACCUGCAAAACACCCCAAAAAGCCCGCACCUUUUUAGUAUUGAAGGGUAUAUCUGAGGUCUGUGAUUCUCGCAUCGAACUGACCCAUACCCUAGCAUCUGUAGAAGUAGCAGUAGUAGUAGAUGUGCAAUCCUAAAUGCAAAUCCUAUCUGCACGGUAUUAUUGCAUACAAAAA